GGAAGUUCUAGUCGGCAAUUUUUGCGAUUUCUAUUAAAACAUUCCUGGUCUAAUUCCACGUUUAAAAAUCCAGUUCAAGUGUAUUGUUUACUAAUAUCAGUCAUAACAACUAAAAUGGCUAAUUUCGGAUGAGUCGUUGGUGUUAUCCCAAGUGUUUUGUAUUUAAUGAUGUAAAUAAUACAAAAUAUGAAAAAUAAUGAAAAUGCCAUUGAUUAAAUACAAAAUCAUUUAAACAUAUAAUCUUACAAACAGUAAAAUGUGAAAACCAGUGUUAUUGAAGCUGAGUCGUUAAAAUGUCCAUGUUCAAAAUUGAAAAUUCUGUCACAUCUAUACUUUUAAGUUAUGUUGAAAAGUAUGUCCAAGAUUUCAACCCUGCUAAUGCCCAAGUAUCACUUUGGGGUGGUGGCAUCAUACUGCAUAAUCUGGUUCUUAAACCAGAUGUUGUGCAGCAGGAAGUGCCGUUACCAUUCACAUUAUUGUCUGGACGCAUACAUCAGCUUCUUAUACAGGUUCCAUGGACAAAAAUUAUUUCGGAACCUAUAGUUGUGACCAUCAACACUAUGGAAUGUAUAUUGAGCUUAAAUCCUCCCGAUGGAAGACCACCACCAAGUGAAGCUCAAAGGGGAAAUUCUCUGGUAAUGAAACCACCAGGAUAUAUGGAAGCACUUAUACGUCGCGUUGUGAGCAAUAUUUCAGUGCGAUUGAAUUCUUUAAUAAUUAAAUAUGUCCAGGAUGACAUUGUGCUCUCCAUUAAUGUGAAGAAGCUCUCAAUUGACAGCGUGGGGGUAAAUUGGGAGCCUUUAUUUGCAGAUAUAGAUCCAUUUGACCCCGCUAUUAGGAGGACAGUCCGCAUUGAUGACCUGACUCUAUGUCUUGAUAGGACUGAUUCUGAUGGCAAGAUCAGAUUCUAUUAUGAACCACUCUUGUUUCAUUGUCAAAUGGAAUUAAGAGUAUUGACAAAACUCGUAUCGGCUAAUACUCGGCAAGCUCGCAGUGUGUGCAUUGAACUGACAUGUGGCUGCCUGGCGUGGGUACUUAAUGGCGAACAACUCAUGAUUCUAUUACAACUGCUGGCAGAUAGAUCAUCUUGUGAAAUGCCUAAACCAAAUCCACCAUCAGUCCCUACUGAAAAUCCUAAUCCACCGAUCGUACAACCACCGCCAAUGGAUGGAGCGUCGUCCAACUUAGAAGAAUCGACUAACGGUGAAAGCUGGUCGGACUGGGCUUGGUCAUGGAUGCCUACAUUGAAUCGCGAAGGAAUCAACGAGCCUACUCUUCCUCCACUACCCCCAGCUCCUGUACCAGUUUCAUUUACUGCUUACUUUCACGAUGUUUCCGUGAUGUUUAAGAUAACAGAAACCGACGGCUUCGGUCGAAAACGCACCCGUGUUAUUCUAGAACUUAGCGGUACAAGUGCGGUCAUAAAAAGCUACAUAUGUGCGCCAACUAUAUCACGGUUUUCCUUCGGGAUUCGUGACAUAUUUUUUGGAGCCGACGGCAAGUGUGUAUGCGGUAUAUGUUCAAAUGCUCUACACGACGAAACAAGAGUUUACUUGCAAAGAAUCAAAUUACAAGAUGAAGAGCCUUGGUGCUGGGAGCAUGAAAAGUUAAAUAGGCAAGUCAAUGAAAACGCUGAGGUGAUUGAUGAAAGUUACAGAGAGUUCCCUGAAGAGACAUACGCGCAAGCCGAAAAUUUAGGAAACACAAAUCGUGAGGAUGAUGCACGAGCGAAAGAAGAAUUGCUUGAUGACUUUUGGAAAAGGAUGAAUCCAGUUAUUUAUUUAGAGCAUAAUCAUGAGAGGACGCCAGCCGACCAAUAUCAAAAUCCAUAUGAUAACCCACCGAGUGACUUUGAGUACAGCGAUUGGGUGGAAGACAGCGACAUGCAAAUACGACUUCAGCCCAUGUUAUGCAGUAUCUCAACGGGUCUGUUUCAUAGAAUAGCAGUGAUUAAAAAUAUUUGUAAACGUUACUUUGAAUCGAAAAAGCCGAGUGUCGAAAUCAGAAUGCGCCAACUUACUGUUGAAGAAAGAGAUGCGUUAAAACAUAACCUACCACAGCGACACGCUAAAAUUGAAAUAAACGGUUUCCGCUUACGCCUCAUACCAGCAAACCAUUCGCUAAAUGAAGUUCCAAUUCUACCGCCGCUCAUAAUAGACCUGGAAGUACCACGAGCAAAUGUAACGAUUACCGCACCUCUCUACCCUCACAGGGUAUGUUCAGCAGCAUGUCAGGUGAAUAGAGAGUCAAAGCUAUUGCAACAAGCGUCUCGCUUACACAUGAGUUUCGAUUCAACAAUAAAUGUUGGCAUUCGUGCCCUCGAUGAAGAGACACCGAGACCCAUCGUGAGUGCAAACACACGCAUUAUCUUACACUCGCUGCUCAAUAAGAAAUUUUUCGAGCACAAAGAAGCUACUCAAGUCGGCGUCACCUUUAAAAUAAGAGAGUUGAACGUGUGCGGCACAAUGGCUCGCUUACAGGCAGCACACCAAGUAUUACAGUCGCUCCGUGAUGAGAAUUAUACGGAUCAUUUACGUAACACCACUCUCGUUAAUGAUGCGCUACACGACGAAGAUUAUGUGGGAAUCGAUAUCACAAUAGAAGAGCUACUGUUCCGCAAAUUCAUUACGAAAAAUAUCAAUACACACUUCUUGACGCUUGAUUCCAUCAAAGUUACUGCAUUUCAUUUACCGGCCGGUGGUGAAUCAAGGCGAGUGUGGAUAUUUUCUGCCCCAGAAACUCAGACUACUAAACCAUACAUCAAAGCAAGUUGGCAAUGGUGUCUUAGUCCCAUCGCCGAUGACGAUAUGGAAUUUCUGAACCUAUCCGUCAAGCCUACCGCGCUGAGCAUUGAUCCUAUGUUGGUCAAAUGGUUGAGCUACCGUUCCAAAUUGAAACCGAUGCCGCAGACUGAAUCCAUACCCAAAAUUCAAAGUAUUAAAAAUGUGUCUUCAUCACAAUACUUGUCACGGAGACGAGUAACGCCACCUUCUUCAAGCGGUCAAGGCGGCAGUCGCUCGGGGUCUGGUGCGGAACUAGUGCAUAUAAGACCGAGGAGCUUAGAGUCGAGCAGCGAGAAAAGUGAAAAGAAGGAACCGAAACCUCCCCCACAAGAGAACCAGGCGUCCGAUGCUUGGUGGAAAGGUGAUAAUUUGGUAAUACUGCACGAACGCCUCAAAUCCUUGCUGAUCGGCGCUGAGAUAGGCCUCAUACAGAUAUAUAUAUCGUCGACGUCCGUGUCCGCGUUCGACUGCGGUACCAUCAGAGAAGCUAUGGAGCGACACAUCACCACUGCACAUCGGGUACUAGUGCUUAGCGUUGGCAGUUUAUAUCUGGAGUCAAAUCCACAAUGGCAAGAUUGCUGGGUCAAUGUCAACUUCGAUCGUCCUACGUACCUAAAAUCAAGUCUUGACACUAAAGUCAAGGAUAACGGAUUCCCCUGGAGGGCGUCAGUCAGUGACAUGUCCUGCUACACUCUACAAGUGAGACCUGGGACAGAACGUUCUGGAAAGGAGAAAUCGAUGUCAGGACUUAGGUCUCAAUUAAAACCAUCACGAGUUCUUGUACCGCAAACGGUACUGGAGCCAGUGACCACGGCUAUAACUGUGUCAGUGGAUACUAAAACGCUAGUAAUAAAGACAAGAAAGUGCGAUCCAAAACCGAAACGCCACGACCGUAGUCGGGAUGAAGAUAAGACGAAGUACUUCAUGACCGGAUCUGAUUUCAAACCUACUUCUUUGAAGGAGUUCGUCCGUGGUCCGGCAAAGCAAAUUAAACACAGUUCAGAGCCAGGACCAUCGGAGCCGUAUCCGGACCCACUACCGGACCAAGCAAGCAAGUACACAACCGGUCCUCUCAUCUCGUUAGGAUUCAACGUCCACGCUAAAACUCCUCCAAUCAUCGUUAGACUCGAUCAAGAUCAGGUUCAAACCGUGGCCAUUGCAAUGCACUGCUUCACCCAUAUAAUGUCACUGCUUCGUAGACCACCCGUGACAACUAAAAAAAGGGAAUCUUCAUUUGGAGGCACAAUUGAAAGAUCGAUAUCUGAACUCGAUGAAAGACCGAGUGAAUCUGAGGAGACAGCGAGUGAGAACCCCUCGGAGCAGCUUAUAAGUAUUUUUGAAGCUAGUGAUCCUUAUGCUCCAGAUGAGCAGUUAACGACGUUUUUAUGGUACAAAUGGGAUGUGAGUCAUGCGGCGCUCGUGAUUUCCUCAUCUCAUGUGAAGCUGGAAUUUGAUUUGGACGACAUCGUGUCAACUGUUGAUGUGAAGUACGAUUACACUCAGAUUAAACUGAAAAUUGCAUCGGGCUCAGUGCGACAUUAUAGAUGCAGUAGCAGCAACGAGUGGUAUCCUGGCGUGUUGGGCGGCCGUAUAGUCGAAGCUCGCGACCCAAUUGAUGAUAAGGAUAAACAUUUCUUUAAAAUCACGAUCACACAGGCCCUCAUAUCAAGCUUACCCGAAAGCUGGAAAGAUGAAUUUCAUCCCAAACUGAUAGAACAAAACGCCAUAAAUAAUGUGACCAGCGUGUGGGAAGUGUACGGAAGACUCGUUCCUCUCGAGGUCGUGCUUCAGCCAAAUAUACUGGAUCAUAUGAUAUCAUUUCUGCAUGAGCUAACACUGCAUGCACCGUGCGCGCUGCAGUCUCGAGAAAUGAAACGGGAGGCGUGGCAGUGGCCAUUCUUUCAUUUCUCAGCUGGUGGUCUGAGGCUGCUGUUAACAACUUCCGACGAGGUCGGAACUGACAAUGACGACACGAUGGUGCUAUUAUUGGGCAAAACCACCGUUAGCCCACAUCCACAAAAUCCGAUUUGCAGACAAUCGGUUAGUACGAGUUCAGAAAACAACUGGACGACUCUAUGCCCUGGUUUCGACAGCCGCCAAUACGAAGUCCUCGUUCGAAAUGUAGCAAUAAGAACCACCAAGUUCAGUCAACUUGUUAAUCAGGAGUUAACGGAGUCACAAAUCUUAAAAAGCACCAGUAGUGAAAAUCCCGCUCUAAAGUGGAGUCAGCAAGUUGCUUCACCAGUUUUUACUCCAAUCCUUCAUUGUGUGGACAUAGGAUGCAUACUAGCGCCGGCGAUUUUUUGCUGUGGCGGGCUAGCUAGCGGUCCCGCGGUCGAAAUUAACCUGCUUUCAGACUGCUCAGUAGAGGUUGGAAUACAAAAUAUUGAACUGGCGCGAAUCCUCAUAGAGGAACUGCUGCAUGCCUACACACGAAGGAAUAGGGGCUCAUUCAUGCUCGAUGAAGAGAACAUAUGUCCAUAUGCUCCACGUGAUGGAAGUGAGGAACAAACAGAAUUGCUUCCAACAGUCAUUGAGAAGGAGAAGAUCAGAGAGAGAAAAGAAGUAUCUAAAAGAAUAACCGAUAUAAAUCGCUUUGGAAUGAUCGAUUCUGGCGUCGAAACGACUACCUCCCACUCUACUUGUAGGAGGGGUCGUAAACUUAUACCCAUCAAGAAAUUGGUCACAAAACCCUGCUUUGAUUACACGGCAAACCCUUCAGAUUAUUUGGAAGUGUUCGUUACAACUGGGGUUAUUGACAUAUCUCUUUACGUGAAGGAUGAUAAUUCCCCAGAAGUGCAAAAAUUACGUCCCCCAGCUGCCGUACAUAAAAGACGCUUACUCCCCGAGCCUCGGAUAAGGGUUGUUAUUGAUGACAAAAAUGAAACCAGACUGAAUUAUAGCAGAGUUUCAGCGACAACGAGCAGAAGUCUUACCGAGACUGUUCGAAAUGUGGACAUCGGGAAGACAAAAUUAGAUGAAAAUGUAACUUUGCCGUUAGCAAGAAGUACUAAAGGAAACUUACCCUUAAUUCAUGUGACACUCUAUCAACCGAACUUAUAUUAUUGGAAUAGAAGAAAGCAGAAAACCGUUCAGGUAUCGCUAUUCAAUGCCUGGAUAGGUCUUGGGGAAGGUCAGGAUGAGAAUCAAUGGAAUGUCCCUCUGCUAAACACUAAAAAUGGGACACCGGAUUCCGUAACAGAUAUACCACCAGCCCUUAUGACCAUGCGAGCUGAUCUAUCAAUAGGUGGAUACACACCUGUGAAUGAAACGAGCUCCCGAGGCGUUCUGCAAAUGGAUAUUGAAAGGCCCCUCAUGUUGGAAGUCUGCACAGAUAGAUUUCGAAGAAUCAAAGGCAUCUUGGACUUGAUAAAGACAAAUGUAACAAUGACAAAUGCAGUUGUUGAAGAAACAGAAGAGACGUCAGAUCCAUUUUUAUAUAAACUUAGACGAAAUCUGGUUAAUCAACGAAUCGAAUGCGUCAUAAUACAAACGAAUCAAAUAGGCAUCCGUGGCUCGGAGGGUGUAGCGGGGUGUGAUUCAGUGCGGAUGCAGCUGGCAGUUAGUGAGCGGCCCGACGUGUUGACGUGCCGAAUUCUGAUCACCGCCGCAGUACUGACAGCUGGGUCUACCGAGGACAGGAGACAUGUUAUUCUACAGCCUCUCAUGGCUGGGAUGUUACUCGACGCAAGUUGGGAGGCCUGGCGGCAAACAGAAGAAGGAUUUACUGAUCUUCGCAAACCAACACUGCAAGUUGGUGUAGACUUUGACAAAAUAGUCUUCGACUGCAGACCGACGGAUUUUGCCACUGCGGUCCGAAUAUACGAAACCAUCAAAGAAAUACUUGGAAACGUGAAGAUUUCAUCUUCGCUCGAUUUGCCGGCAAGUCGAGAUUCGGAAAUGGCAACAACUAAUGAAAUGACCGAAUUUUUAAACCAAGAAACUUCCGCCGAAAACGAUGACACCAAUAACCACUUCUAUAAAGAUGAUUUGAGAAGCGGUGCUUUCAAGUUAGUGCCAGGCAUGCACACCCCAAUGGCUUACCAGGCUACAUUGCACGGAUCAACAUUGACAUGGCGGUAUCCGCAACCGCGGGCGAUCACUCGCAUCAUCGUUUAUCCUGUACCCAACUUGAAGGAGGACGACAUAGAAUAUGUUUUGGAGUUGUAUUGCCCAAUGUUAGUGCGUUGGGAGCCACAGACAUACUUCGUGCUGCCAAUAAAGGAACAAAUAGAGAUGCUGCUUAAUUCAUCACCUCGGGAUGCGGUGUUUGCGACAAUGUGGCGAUUGCGGGCUUGUUCCGAAUCUGAUUAUAAAUUACCUUUUCACUUUGAUGCCAGAAAAUUUAUGCCGCGAGAGGAUCCUUUAUCAGGCGACACUCCACCCGCCAACGACUACUCCAAGAGGUCAUACAACGUGACAGCUAAACAACUGGUAGCGGUAUUACAAGUGGAUUCUUACUUCGGCCCUUUGUUCUUGCCAAGAACUCGCGUUUCACUGCGGUUGGCUAGUCUGGAAAUACAUGCGCAUAACGAUAAUCCUGAAAUAUCAAGGGAGUCGUCGCAACGUCUUGAGGGAUACUAUGUGUCCCGACCACUCAUGCAGAAUCACCGGAUGCUAACGCUGCGCGCGCGUGACUCGUCCAUGCACUGCCUUUUCGGGCGUAAUAUGAAACUACUACUGGACUCGCAUCUCUCGAGCGACGUAAUAGACUCUGCUAACGGGACGAUGGAGAAAUUCAUUAAUGAAUUUCGCGCACAAGGCACUCUGGGCGCGGACAACCGGACUCGCUUACGAGUUAGCGACAUUCGUGUGGCUUUACAUGUUGCACGCAUCGCCACCUUAAGAGCUCUCGUAGAUGACUGGAAUGUCGUAUAUAAAAAGUGCGUUCUACAUAUUAAUGAAAAUUUAGAACCAAAAAAAUAUGAUAAAAAUCCUACGGAAGCUCUCUCCGGCCGAAUUUCUUUAUGGGUACACAACAAUUGCACGAGUGUCGUGCGCAUCUCGCAAGAGGAUACAGAUGAGUUGUUGCCAAUUAGCCCGGGGGCUUCGCUGUCGUAUAGAUGGAAUUCACCAGGAGCUGUAAAGAGAUUGAGAUUUUCGUUAGCAACUACAUCUUCAAACUGGCGUUGGUCCAAAAGCAUCCGAUUUACACCUGGGUCGACGCGCGUUCUCCUAGAAGAUAAAAAUACAGCCGAGGGCGCCGGCGGUGUCUAUUUACACGUGCGUGUCAAAGAUAACGGGGCACAACGAGACAUGUACCUGUCCGGAAGACUGUUGCUGGCGAAUGUACUGCGUUAUAACUUUGCGUUCAAGCUUCGGGCCCGUCCUUCCUUUAAUAGCCCGUGGGAAGUUUUAGCUACGUCUGAUCUGCCAGCGGAAACCGUCGGUCUAAGUGUACUGUGCGAUAUUAACUUUGAUGCAUCAUUCAAGGUUAGAUUCAAAUCAAAUGAAAAUGGUUGGUCUGGCGAAAUACCGCUUCGAGAAUGUAAUAAACGAAAUGUUCCCUGGCUUGUCAAAAUUCCAACAAAUGAAGAGGAAGUGGAAUACAAAUCGGUGUGGUGUCGAGUGACACCUGUCAAAAACGACGCUGGCAUUGUCGCCACAUUUUGGCCAUUCUACAUGUUACGUUCGCAUCUCCCUCUGAACGUUGACGUGCGAAUAUCAUCCGGAGAACGGCUACCUGGCAUGGCACCUGUGGCGUGUAAUUAUCCGCUCACCGUACAUAUGGCUGAAGGUCGUGGUUCCAUCACUCACCUCAUGGUUCCAGGGACCACUUCUAUAAGACAUAAACUCACUUUCCAGUACAGGGACAUCGACUGUCCUGUAACUCGCGAAGUCGUUAUGCUGCAUUACGGUAUGACAGAGACUUCAGUGUUCGAGAACAGGGAGAAUCUAAAAAAUAUAGAAGACGUCGUUGAACUGAUAAAUCAGUGGUUGGAAAAAUCUCGAGAUGCAUCUGCAAAGUGGCCGUACUCAGUAGUGACUAAUCACUGGCCUGGCGCUUGGCAGCCAGCACUCUUACAACCACGAUGUGACGUCAAUGUACGAUACGAAGGAAUUCAAGUAGGUACUGGUUGUUCAUUACAACUGAUACUGAGCCCCAUAGUUUUGCUCGCCAAUGCUUCUCCAAUAUCAUUAACACUACGUGGCCAUAAUGCAUCACCUAUGUGCCGUCUCGAUCCCGGGAUCGCGUUAGCUCCACCUACCAUAAUGUUACAGAAGCCUUUCUUCAUGUCAAUAGAGGUAGAUCGAGAUAUAUUUGUGAGUGGCCAAAUGGAAAUCUGCAGUGAAGAUCCUGGUCGUUACGGACAACCUGCGCCGGGGCACAUCGCUCUUGAAAAGCCGACCAAGUUUGCUAUACAAUGCAACCAGAAGGUGGCCAUCUUAUCGCUUAUUCACGAAAUAAAAGACGAUAUGAAUAUCAUUGGGAUAACAUCCAGCUUCGUCUUAAUCAACUGGCUAAAUGAUGAAAUUCUGGUAUCGGCGCUAGCUGUGCCCAACGAAUUGACCAAUCAGAGUCUGCGCCCUAAGGCGUUUAAAAUUGUUCCACCCACGAAGAAAGGAAGUCUACAUGGAACUCCUCUGUGUCGUUUCUGGUUGACCGACCGCUGGCGAGGAGGUAAUGUGGACGAGUUACGAACGUUUCUUUGCGUCGCAUUUCCCACUAAAACUUACCAAGCAAGCACCUCGGUACCUAUAAAGCUUGGUGUAGCGCCAGUUCGAAGAUCGAUUUCUUUAAAGGACAAACAUGGUGGAUCCGUGCCAAUAGCAGUGACGCAGUUGCGGCAUGAAUCACGGUGGAUUGUGACGUUUUCAGAAGAUCCGUGCCCCCAAUUCGUGUUGCAAAACCGCUCAAAAAUUACCAUAGGUAUCGCGCAACCAGCUGGUACUCAAGACAAAAUAAAUUUAUCAAAGACGGUACAAGACUGUGUAGGUGUGCAAUGGUGGUGCAUAUUAGAACCGAACACCAUAACACACUACUCGACGCCCGCGUACUGCCAGCGAUAUCCGCCACCUGCACAAGAAGCAAGCGCAUCAACGUCCAUCAUCACUGUUGGAGUUAAGAUAGGUGAAGGAAUUUUCGAAUGGAGCCAGCCGAUCGCGGUAACAAAUGGGGAGCAGCUAUUGCAACUAUAUGGCGGCGUCUCAAUGAAAAUGCGUGUGCGCACACAGCCUCAUUCCACACCUAUAGAAUUCCACGAUGUGGAUCAAACUGACAUAUCACCGAGCGACAUCAGACGCAGACUCGACAUGUAUUCCACAGAGAGCCAGUUGAAACAACAGCAAGAAACGCAAGAAACACCAAGCGUAGAGUUCCAGAAAGUUGGUCCGAAUUAUUUUAAAAACAAAACGCUACAAGACUCGAAGAAUAAAGAUGAUUUGGCCGAUCAGUCUGCUGAGGAACCAAAACCAUCGACAUCUAAACAAAUUCAACAUCGGAGCGGACACAAAAGCGGAGACUCGACGACGACGACGGCUACAAGCACGGCCGUUGAAUUUUAUCAGUUGAGACGCUCCGAGUCGAAUCACGAAGAUUUACCUCAGGCGUAUGAAAACGAGUUACUCAGCGAUACGACACUCACCCGUAAAGAUUCCGACGAUUUAUCAGAAACUUAUCUGUUGGAAGCUGUCUCUGAAAAAGAUUGGUCGGAUAGUAGCAAGCUAUGGUCGGAAAAGGAGCGUUUCCGAUGCGUAAUCGAUAACGUGAUAGUCUCCGUGGGCGCCUACUCCGAUGCACUGCCAUUACUGGCUCUCCAUCUCCAGCGAGUGGCGGUGCGCGUGCAGGCUGAUACCAGGAUGGUAAAGGCAAUGGUCGCAAUAGCUGACAUUCAGCUCGACAAUGUUCAGUAUGACACGGACCAAUACGACUUUGCAGUCGUCGCCACAACGCGGGUCGAAGCUCGUGUAAUAGAGCAUUGGCCUGCACUAUGGGGAAUGUUCAACGAGAGAAUACCUAGUAAAGCCGCCAAGGCGAGGCUCUUGUUGAAGACGUGCCAUGACAGGUGGACCGUGGACAAUCGCAGCUACCAAGAACUAACUGAAGUAGAAGUUCUGCUGGGUCCCAUGGGUCUCUACAUAGAGGACGAGUGCAUCGCUGCGGCGCUUGAACUCUACAACUUAGCUGUGCCAUCAAUGAAAAAAAAUCAAUCAUCUGAAUCGAUUGCCCUUGCUCAAAUUUAUACACUGCAGCGUCCGCUUAUACUGAGGAAGUUAAUUAUUUAUCCUCUCGACAUCACUUUGACCCUACAUACAGCGGUGCGUAUGUACAUAGCAUUGGACGAAAGCCCAUUACGUCUGAGCACCUUCCAACUGCAGGAUGCGAUCACGUCAUUUGAGGCGCUGACUCAUGCACUUACAGUGCAUUACUUAUCAGCAGUUAUACUUGGUGCAGGGUGGGUGGUAGGAGGUCUUGAGUUACUAGGUGCUCCGGGUGCACUGGCUGCUCGAGUUGGAAAUGCUGGUGGUGGUGUGAAAGGUGUUGCUUCUACAGCUGCUGGUGCCUUAUUGCGCUCGCUCAGCUCAGCUGCUGGCUCGUUCGCAAGAAAUUUGGAUUUGCUUGCCGGAGAUGAGGAUCAUGCUAAGAGAGCUGCCGCUGCUAGAAGACGACCUCCGCCCAACCUAAUGGCAGGUCUGGCAACUGGUAUCACCAACUUUGCUAUAAACCUUCUUGGUGCAGUGGGUGGUAUAGCCCACCACCCACUCGUAGGUGUAGCGGUAGGCGAGAGUGAAAGUGGUGCGGCAGCAUUACGACGAGGUCUAGUCGGUGCUAUCACGAAACCAUUGAGCGCCACUGCCGAUUUAGUAGCUUUUGCUGGACAAGGGCUACUGUCGCAAACAGGCUGGGAUCCCGUACCUCAGCCGCGGGCAACCACCACGUUCGCUAUGGAAAGAGCUAGCUUACCCAGUGGGUGGCGACGUGACUGCGUGCGAUAUACAUUCCGUUAUGCAGAUCUAGGAGUUAUCUCCGGCUUCAAGGUGCUCGUCGACGAUACUAUAUAUCAGCUAGUGAUAACACACAAGUACCUCCUUAUAAUCGAGCCAGAAACGGAACACUUAUGUGAAAUGAUAGAACUGAAGCGGUGCUCACUUGGACCAUAUCAUGGAGAAAUUAUUGAGUUGAUCAUUGCGCAGGAGCCGCGAGUUCCAGAAAUUAUUGAACCAGAAGAUGACGACGACGACGACGACGACGAAAACCUUGACGUCCGGGUUAGCGCGGCUGCCAUGGCCCGGGUGGCGCGCUACACCGGCACGAAAGUCUAUGAAAAGAAGGAAACUGACCGCGUGAUCGCGCUGUUAUGUAUCCCUGGAACUGAGCAUGCGCUGCGUGCCGCACUAUGCGUUGCGCUGCACUCCACAGUCGACACGCAUUUCUCUCAACUAUAAACCUUAUAUCGGUGCAUAUUAAAUCUUAUAAUCAAAUUAAUAACAAUUAUUACUGAUUAAUUGCUAUUGAGGGUACAAAAUUACAAAAUUAUGUUAUUUGUUAAAUGUAUACUUACAAGUAUUAUUUGUUAAAUGUGAACUCUACUUACCUCGCUGUAGGUUACUACACGAUGGGCGUAUCGCUUGCCAUGACCAGCGAAUCGCGUGGACGCUCAAAUUUUUCAAAAUUUUACACGCUCUUUCUUUCCUACUUCUACACUAUUUCUUCUACUUAUUUAUAAUAAUAACUUUAUAUUUUAUUUUUAAAACAAAACAAAUGUAAUUUAUAGGGCUUUUAUAUAACAUCGUUUAUGCAAAUUUCAAUCAGUAUUGAUAUCACCUGGCAAAUUUCCAUGUUGUGACAAGUAACUAGAAACGUUGUACCGCUUGUGCUUUUCAUCGUGACAUUUGAGUGCCUAUCACAUGAUAAACUCUGUCACAAUAUGACGCAUAAUUGAAAAAUUAAACGAUAGGUUCAGUCAUCAGUGACGACAUGAAUAUAUCAAAAUUUAUUAAACGAUGAAAUAAUUAAAAAUAUCAUUUACUACUUGAAAUUUAAAUUAUGUAAAUGAAAUAUGACGUCUUUUUUAUAUUAUAA